UGAACGAGGAGAUGACAGCAAGAAGGGAUGGACGGAGGUGAUUGAAGAAUAUACGACAACAAGUGGGACGCGUUUGCCUCGCUGGAAUUUCCUUUCUUUGUUUCUUCUCUGUCGGCGAUUUAUUGAAGAUAGGAGUAGGAGCGAUCUAAUAUCUCUGUGCUGAGCGCGCGGGAAGAUAGUGAGAGAUGUCGUACGCUUACCUCUUCAAGUACAUCAUCAUCGGCGAUACCGGGGUUGGCAAGUCAUGCCUUCUGCUACAGUUCACGGACAAGAGGUUCCAGCCGGUGCACGACCUUACCAUUGGUGUCGAGUUUGGGGCCAGGAUGAUCACCAUUGACAACAAGCCAAUUAAGCUUCAAAUCUGGGACACGGCAGGUCAAGAAUCGUUCAGAUCUAUUACAAGGUCCUAUUACAGAGGGGCUGCUGGUGCAUUGCUUGUCUAUGAUAUAACCAGGAGGGAGACUUUUAAUCACUUGGCUAGCUGGCUGGAAGAUGCAAGGCAACAUGCAAACGCAAACAUGACUAUAAUGCUUAUUGGUAAUAAGUGUGAUUUGGCUCACAGAAGGGCUGUGAGCACGGAGGAAGGGGAGCAGUUUGCAAAGGAGCAUGGGUUGAUUUUCAUGGAAGCUUCCGCUAAAACUGCUCAGAAUGUUGAGGAGGCAUUUAUAAAAACAGCUGCUACCAUUUACAAGAAGAUUCAGGAUGGAGUUUUUGAUGUAUCAAAUGAGUCCUAUGGAAUAAAAGUCGGAUAUGGUGGAAUCCCAGGACCAUCAGGUGGUAGAGAUGGCUCUUCUUCUCAAGCUGGAGGCUGUUGCAGUUGAAGUUUGAGAUCUCACUCGCUAAAUUGAAAACAAUCUGUCUACUUUUCUCCUGCUGUCUCACUCAUGCUUUCCUUUUUACCUUUUUUUUUUUUUUUUUUUUUUCUUUUCCUAUUUUUAUGGGUCUGAUACUAGACUUCUUUCCUUCUUUCCAGACUUGUUAUAUAAUACGCCCAUGUUCAUUAUUCAAAAUAUGAGAUGUUUGUAUAAUCCUUUAUGAUGUCUUGUGCAUUUGAUUGUAAAUCCAACAGUUGUUUAAUUCGUCAAUAGUUGUGUUGAAGAGGAUUGCAAAUUGUGAAAAUGCAAGUAGUGAGCACUCUUCUUCAUUUCUGAGGAUCUA